AUGGGCAUUGGUGGGGAAAAGGAGAAGGUAGAUGGAGCGGAGGUACCCGAAGAUACGCCGAGUGGCCGAGAGGCAGAGGCUGAGUGUGAUGUUGUGGAAGCGACAGACAGGGAUGGCCCAGGUGCACAGGAGUCUGAGAGUAAUUUGUUCACUUCCGGGUCAGAGGCUACGGCAGCCAAUCAAAACUCAGAAGCCGCAUCUGUGCAGCCGAGUGCUGGCGAACUCGAUGCCGGUGCAAACCCUGGAAACCCUAGAAACCCUGGUGUAGGUAGCCAGGAGGAGGAGGGGGGCCACUUGCAUACGCAAACCGGUGCUCCUGACCGGGACCCGCGCGAGCUACCAAAUAAGGGCAGUGGGGGAAAGGGCGGGAAAAUCGGGGAGGCGGAGGUGCCGCCACCCCGACCGGUGCACGCGCCGCCGCCUAGCAGUCCGUUGCAGAGACAACGUUCAACACACACACCAGCUAUGAUGGACAUCGCAGGACAGGAGGUAUGUGACACGCGGAGACAGGCAGAG